AUGCCACCUGCUGGAUCCAAUGCCCGCGUUCCGCUCAUCAACUCUGAGAUGGUCCCUGCGCAACAAGGGAUGCCCCAGGGUGCCACAGCACCGAGUGCGCACCAGGCCAUCAAUGAUGAUGCACUAAUGUCCGCGCAGGAGCAAACUCCAGCCUAUCGUGCCCUUUAUGAAAACAACUUGAUCUGCAACCAGUACCGCAUAAGGAGAGUAGAGGACUUGGAAGUCAUCAAGGGGAACUGGGACUUGAACCAGAGCUUGCUGCUUCAAACCCUGACCUGUCAUGGGUGCUGCUGUAUGGUCAAGUUCUUCGUGGUGAACGCGGGUUGCAUCCGCAGGGGCAGACAUCAAAACGGGAAGUACAUGUUCUUUGGCGAGGGCGUACAUGUGUAUCCUUCACCUUACAUCACGGUCGAUCAUCAUGAUGUCCGUCUCACAGAAGGUGCCAUCCUCCAUGGCACGAAGGCAAUCAUCACAGUGACUCAGGGCUUUGUGGGCCUUGCUAUGGACCGUGGCCAGCCAGUGCUUCUUCCUCCAGGUCUCCACCAAUGGGAUAGUCCCACCAUUGAGUUUCAGCAGCUCAUCGACCUUGCAUCGAGCAUUAUCCGCCUUGGGCCAUACACGCUCAUCACUGUUGAUGAGGGCUACGCUGCUGUGACACAGGACAACGGAGAACAGAAGAUCUUAGAAGGAGGCCGUGCCUACAUGCUGACCCACAGGAAUUGGAAGUUUGAGAAGUUCAUGACGAAGAAGCUUCAAACAAACGACGUUGGGCCUAUGAAGGUGACCACGGGGGACAAUGUCCCACUGGAAGCUACAGCCACUGUCAACUGGCUGAUUGAGGAUGCAAAGCUGGCAGCGCGCAUGGCAGCCAACACCAUGGCGGACAAUCAGCGCAAUCAGGCAGCAAAUCAAGGAGAGUUCGAUAUCAGCAAGCUGCGGCAAGAUGUGCUGCGGCAGGUAACUGCUUCAUUGGCCUCCUUCAUUGGUUCCGUCAGCUACUCUGCGCAUGGGCAUGAGGCCAUGGUGGCCCGAAGUGAGACGGACAAGAAGCGCGAGGCUGGAGUUGAGGUGGACAAUGAGGGACGCAGGGCGCUUUUCGAUCCAGAUCGGCUGGAAAAGUCCGCGGAACAUGCAAACUCCAUUUGCCAUCAGUAUGGGGUCAAAAUCCUGUCAAUCAAUCUGAUAUCUGCGUCUCCAUCUGAUCGUGGUCUUCUUGAUGCCCUAAGCCAAGGGGCUGUGGCGUCUGUUGCUGCGGAACAGACGGAGACGGCAGCUAGAGGUGAUGCUCAAGCCCUUCUGCUCAAGGCAAAGGCGGAGGCCGAAGCAGCCAGAAUUCGAGCGGAGGGAGAUGCUCGCGCAGAAGAGCUCCGUGCAGAGGGCUCUCUCAAGGCUGCACAGCGUCUUGAGGACUCAGAGGUAGCAGUGGCUCUAGCGAAGCUUAAAACAGCCGGCUCUUGUCUCAAGGAUGGUAAGGCAAAUUCUUUCUUCUUUGGCCUUCAAGGGGCCACGGACAUUCCUGGAGGUAUGUUGGGAACAGCCGCAUUGGCUGGCGCUGUAACAAAACAGGAUGCAUGA